AUGGGUGAAUGGAGCUUUCUCGGGGGACUCUUUGAUAACCUCCAAGCCCACUCGCCAAUGCUUGGUCGUUUCUGGCUCUUACUCAUGCUUGUCUUCAGGAUACUGAUCCUGGGAACUGUAGCCAGUGACCUGUUUGAGGAUGAGCAAGAGGAGUUUGCCUGCAACACCCUCCAGCCGGGCUGCAAACAGGUCUGCUACGACCAGGCCUUCCCUAUCUCCCAGUACAGAUUCUGGGUUUUUCACAUUGUCCUCAUCGCCACACCUUCACUGCUUUUUCUCAUGUAUGCAAUGCAUCACCAUAACAAGAGCAACAGCGGCUCCAAAUUCAGCCAGAUAUGCAGCCAGGACUACAGAGAAGACAUACGUUUCAGAAGGCUUUACCUUAUAAAUGUGGCUUUUCGCCUAGCGGCAGAAGUUGGCUUUCUAGUGGGCCAGUGGCUGCUCUACGGCUUCAAGGUGGAGGCCCAGUUCCCCUGCAGCCGCUUUCCUUGCCCCUACACAGUGGACUGCUUCACCUCCCGCCCUGCAGAGAAAACAGUCUUCCUCUGCUUCUACUUCAUUGUAGGGGUGAUAGCAGCAAUUUCCAGCUGUGCGGAGCUUCUCUACAGCUCCUUUAAGUGGUUUUGUUCAAGGAAACCCUUCGCACCAGAACACUCCUGCGUCUGCGAGAACCUCCACAACUUCAAGCAUGACAGAGUUGUGGCAGAGGAGAAACCCAGAGGAAGGACGGUGUCAGAGAACACAUCCAGCAGUGUGAGGCUGAAGGGAGGAUCGCUGAGGAGCAGCGCAAACAGGAAGGUCUCCAGCGUCGGCCACAAGCACAAGGGCGGCAGGUCUUUGGGCAGCAGGACACACGUGGUGUGA